UGACUGAUCAGGCUUUUGUCACAUUGGCCACCAAUGACAUCUACUGCCAGGGUGCCCUGGUCCUGGGUCAGUCACUGAGGAGACACAGGUUGACGAGGAAGCUGGUGGUGUUGAUCACUCCUCAGGUGUCCAGCCUGCUCAGUGCCAUAUGUAGUGAGGUGUUCGAUGAAAUGAUUGAAGUGAAUCUAAUCGAUAGUGCAGACUACAUCCACCUGGCCUUUCUGAAGAGACCUGAGCUUGGGGUCACCCUCACCAAGCUUCACUGUUGGACUCUCACUCACUACAACAAGUGUGUCUUCCUGGACGCAGACACUCUGGUGCUGUCCAAUGUGGAUGAGCUGUUUGACCGGGGAGAGUUUUCUGCAGCCCCAGACCCAGGAUGGCCGGAUUGCUUCAAUAGCGGGGUGUUUGUCUUCCAGCCUUCACUCCACACGCAUAAACUCCUGCUGCAGCACGCUGUGGAACACGGCAGCUUUGACAGGGCAGACCAAGGCUUGCUGAAUAGUUUCUUCAGGAACUGGUCGACAGCAGACAUCCGAAAGCACCUGCCGUUCAUCUAUAACUUGAGUAGUAACACGAUGUACACUUACAGCCCUGCCUUCAAGCAAUUCGGUUCCAGUGCAAAGGUCGUCCACUUUUUGGGGUCCACAAAGCCUUGGAACUACAAGUACAAUCCACAGAGCGGCUCGGUGUUGGAGCAGGGCUCGGCGCCCAGCAGCCAGCACCAGGUGGCGUUCCUUAAUCUCUGGUGGAGUAUCUACCAGAACAACGUCUUGCCCCUUUAUCAAAGCAUCCAAGGAAGGGAAGCACUCGCAGCUCCUGGACACACACUUUGCCUCAGUGAUGUCGGGGCGCCGUGUGCAGAUUCAGUGUCUGGUGCUGGAGAGCCGUGUGCAAAUUCAGCACCUAGUCCCAGCAUGCCGUGUGCAAAUUCAACACCUGGAUCUAACCAGCCUGCUCAGGGCCUUCCCGAGCCAACCCAUCUCAUAGUGGAUGAGACGCUAUCCCUGCCUGAAGGACGCAGUUCAGAAGCUAUGAUAGGUUGUCCUGAAAUUGAGACUCCUGCUGUGAUAACGUGUGACCCACUGUCCCAGCCUUCCCCUCAGCUUGCAGGCUUCACAAAGACUGAAACCACCUUGCCAGCAAAUAAAGUCGAAAGUGUCCCGUCCGAGGAAACCUUCCAACUGAGCCAGGAACUCCCUGCUGAGGUCGUCAGGGACACCAGUCCACAGGAUGCUCUGGAGGUCGACCUGGCCGUGUCUGUUUCCCAGAUCUCCAUUGAAGAGAAAGUGAAGGAACUGAGCCCCGAGGAAGAGAGGAGGAAGUGGGAGGAAGGCCGCAUUGACUACAUGGGGAAGGACGCGUUUGCCCGCAUCCAGGAGAAGCUGGACCGGUUCCUGCAGUAGUCUGGCAGUGAUGGGCAUUGUGUGGAGUUAGACAAUGUUCUGUUGUUGGGUGGUCGUGUUGCGUGGAGCUCUCCUCUGGUCCUUUCAGAGGGAAAUGCUGUUGAACCUUGUGCCUCUAUUUAUGCUUAAUUCAUUUGAGUGCCUCACACAAGGAAUGUAGAGGAUAGAAAUCCACCUUAACGCCCCUCGCCCCAACCCCUGCACCAAUGCCUUCUGGGCUCUCUUCAGAGCUCAGUUCUACCCUUCACCUUGUCGGCAAAAGCGAGCAAUAGCAAAAUUCCAGUAGACCCUUGGCGGUGGUCUCUGCUCUUGCCCGAAGGACCUCUGAAGUACGGUGGCGCCGUGUCGUACAGGUGCUGUGAGACCUACCCUAUUUAGAAUUAAACCUCACUGCAAACUUCCUCCCAUCACUAAGCUAACAACGCUAAUAUAUGUAUUUAGCACCUCUGAGCCUUUGCAAAGGAGACCCAUUUCUGUAGGGCUAAGGAAACAUUCGGACGUUUGGUGAAGUGUAUUUGAGAAACACCCCGGCUGUGGUCUCUGCUUUAAAUCCUAACAGGACUUCUAGUGCUGUUGACAGAAACUCUACUUGUGGAUGUUGGGAAGAAAGAUUGUAGGUGGCACGGGGGAUGUGAGCUCUUCUAAACCGAUUCACUUCCUGGUUUAGAAGAAUCAAGGGUUUGCCCCCAAACGAUUUAGAGCAACAACUUGCUGACGAUAACGGGAUCUAGAGAUGCUCUGUGCUUGACGACAGAGAUCAGUGUGCGGUCAGGCUACCCUCUCUACCUCAGUUCUCAGUAACUUACUGAAUUACUGUGCUCCUCAAAGCCAUUCCCACUCAGCUCUUUCUGGAGAAUUCUCAGUUUUAUGAGACAGGACACUUUAUUCCAUGAGAAAGGCUCAUUGUCAGAGCAUCUUCAUUUAAUGGACACAGUGUGCUGUGUAUGUCACCAGGUGGCCAUCAGGGGCCACCGAGAGUGUCGUUAACAUGGGCAUCGUUGUAAUAAAGAGAGGAAAGUGUGAUUUUUGAAAUGUUUGGAAGGUUUAUUUACCAUGCACAUGCCAGGGAAAAGCAGAGAGGAAAUGAGAGAUGGGAUAGGAAGGCCGUGGGAGAGCUCACUCCUGGCCUGUGUUGGUUGGAUGUGUUUCCGUGGAGAGGCAUGGACACUUUCUAUGUCACCUGAAGCAGUUUAGCCCGUUGGAUUAAGCAUUAGUGGUGGCAGUUUUUUGCGCAAGAUGUGGGUGAUGGAGGGACUGUUUCUUUUUCCAUCUGAGUGGUUAUAGUCUGCAGUCUCAGAAGGCAGCGCUCAUAGGACAUUUCAGGGCUUAAUUUAAAAUAGCCAUACGGAUAUAGUCUCAGGUGAGUCAGGGUCGGACGGUCGUCGGCUUUCAGAGGGAGACCGCGGGAACAUUCAUGGAAAGAAUGUCAGCUUCUCUUGGGACCAGAAUUCAUGUUCACAGGCAGCGAUGAGUUGGCUCAUGGAGUGAGUCCAGUAUGGAAUCCUGCUGUGCGUCCUAGACUGCAUCAUCUCAUUUGGACAAACACUGACGUGUUUAAAUUAAAACGUUAAAAAACA